CACUGUUCCGGCUGGACUCGCGAGUUAUCGAUAACGGGGAUGAGCUUGCGUUGUUGUUCUUAGAUAGUGCGAAGUUAUAGGGAAUACAAGUGAACAUGGCCGCAAACUACGCAAACAAGGGUUCAAGCAAGGGCAUCACGACUGCGGUCCUGCGGAGCCAGCUUAUGGGCCUAAUCACCUUCAGCGGCACGCACAAGGACCAGGCGGACAAGUAUCGCCAGCUGCUGAAGACGGUGUUGGCGAACACCGGCCAGGAGCUGAUCGACGGGCUCCGACUCUUUGUGGAAGCCAUUGUAAACGAACACGUUAGCCUGGUGAUCUCGCGCCAGAUCUUGAACGACGUGGGCGGCGAGCUGAGCAAGCUACCCGACGAUCUGUCUAAGCAGCUCUCCCACUUCACGCUAGAGAAGGUCAACCCGCGCGUCAUCUCGUUUGAGGAGCAGGUGGCUGGCAUCCGAUUCCACCUGGCCAACAUCUAUGAGCGCAACCAGCAGUGGCGCGAUGCGGCCACAGUGUUGGUUGGCAUUCCGUUAGAGACGGGCCAGAAACAGUACUCUGUGGAGUGCAAGCUGGGCACCUACCUGAAGAUCGCUCGUCUGUACUUGGAGGACAACGACUCUAUGCAGGCCGAGCUGUUCAUUAAUCGCGCCUCACUGCUGCAGGCCGAGACCAAUUCUGAGGAGUUGCAGGUGCUCUACAAAGUCUGCUAUGCCCGUGUGCUGGACUACCGGCGUAAAUUCAUCGAGGCGGCCCAGCGAUACAACGAGCUUUCCUACCGCAAAAUCGUGGACCAGGGCGAACGGAUGACGGCGCUAAAGAAGGCGCUUAUCUGCACAGUUCUGGCCUCCGCCGGUCAGCAACGUUCCCGCAUGCUGGCCACACUGUUCAAGGACGAACGUUGCCAGCAUCUUCCGGCCUACGGCAUUCUGGAGAAGAUGUACUUGGAACGCAUCAUCCGGCGCUCUGAGCUGCAGGAGUUCGAGGCCCUGCUGCAGGAACACCAAAAGGCUGCCACUCCCGAUGGCUCAUCGAUCCUGGAUCGGGCUGUUUUCGAGCAUAAUCUACUGUCGGCCAGCAAGUUGUACAACAACAUCACCUUCGAGGAACUAGGCGCCCUGCUGGACAUACCGGCGGUAAAGGCGGAAAAGAUUGCCUCACAGAUGAUAACCGAGGGCCGCAUGAACGGGCACAUCGACCAGAUUUCAGGCAUUGUCCACUUUGAGAACCGAGAGUUACUGCCGCAAUGGGACCGACAGAUCCAAUCGCUGUGCUACCAAGUUAAUUCCAUAAUAGAGAAGAUAAGUGUCGCUGAGCCCGAUUGGCUAGAUAACCUGAACUGAACCCGGGUCUCGCCAACUCAUUCACCCUCUCACCCUCAUCUUUAUAAAAGGCGGAUUAUCGGAUUCUAAACGCGCCUGCAAGAUUUCAUUUUUAAUUUAUAAAAAUAAAUGAAAUUAUGUACAUUA